UCUCUGCAUCUUCAAUGGCAGAUUCUCUUCUUUCCGCAUUAUGCUACCGUAAAUCGCGGAACAUGUGAAUCAUUGCUCCUCUCCUGUCUGUCUCCACGAAAAUCUAUUGCUUCUCCGAACCUGCGGACCACCCGAAUCCCUGUCCCGCACCACUUCGUUUUUCUUUCCUUUACUUGUCCUCCUCUUCUUUCAAGGCAGAUAUGGAAAAGCCAAAACCCUAAAAGCGAGAGAGAGAGAGAGAUGAGAGAUGGGCUGCGUCUUCGGCAGACCGGAUUCUUUGCCGCAGAAGGAGAGCGAUCUUCCGUCGUCGGCAGCGGCGGCGGCGGAGGCCGAUCGCAAGCCUUCUCAGAUUGCCGUCCCGAAUCUCGAAAGCGGCACUGCCGAUCAUGCGGUCAGGAAGGGUAGCCAGGAAAAGGCCCAGAAGGAUCGGCGGCUGCCGCGGGGCGAGCGGAGACGGCACAGGCCUGACCCGUGGCUCAGCAAUCCCCCGAAGAAUGUGCAUGGCGAGCAGGUUGCCGCCGGGUGGCCGUCUUGGCUGUCUGCCGUCGCUGGCGAAGCCAUCCAGGGGUGGACCCCACGCCGAGCUGAUUCUUUCGAGAAGCUCGAUAAGAUUGGACAAGGGACUUAUAGCAAUGUUUACAAGGCUAGAGAUUCUUUGACGGGUAAAAUUGUUGCAUUGAAGAAGGUCCGGUUUGAUAAUUUGGAGCCGGAGAGUGUGAAAUUUAUGGCGAGAGAGAUUCUUAUAUUGCGGAAGCUUGAUCAUCCGAAUGUGGUGAAAUUGGAAGGUUUGGUGACCUCGCGGAUGUCGUGUAGUUUGUAUCUGGUUUUUGAGUACAUGGAACAUGAUCUGGCAGGGCUUGCUGCAAGCCCAGCGAUCAAGUUCACGGAACCUCAGGUGAAGUGUUACAUGCAUCAACUGUUAUCAGGUCUUGAGCACUGUCACAACCGUUGUGUGCUGCAUCGUGACAUCAAGGGCUCGAAUCUCCUCCUUGAUAAUGGUGGGAUACUUAAGAUUGCUGAUUUUGGGUUGGCAUCGUUCUUUGAUCCGGACCACAAGCAGCCGAUGACGAGUCGGGUGGUAACUCUAUGGUAUCGACCUCCAGAGCUUCUUCUAGGGGCCACGGAUUAUGGUGUAGGUGUAGACCUUUGGAGCGCAGGUUGCAUACUGGCAGAGUUGUUGGCUGGGAAGCCUAUCAUGCCUGGACGUACAGAGGUGGAGCAGCUGCACAAGAUUUUCAAGCUAUGCGGCUCACCUUCAGAAGAAUAUUGGAAGAAGUCAAAGUUGCCACAUGCAACCAUAUUUAAGCCCCAACAACCAUAUAAGCGGUGUAUAGCCGAGACGUUUGAAGACUUUCCACCAUCAUCAUUGCCACUAAUUGAAACUCUUCUUGCAAUUGACCCAGCUGAUCGCAAAAAUGCCUCUGCUGCAUUGAACAGCGAAUUCUUCACAACUGAGCCUUAUGCCUGUGAGCCUUCAAGCCUUCCUAAGUAUCCUCCAAGCAAAGAGAUGGAUGCUAAACUGAGGGAUGAAGAAGCUAGAAGGUUGAGAGCUGGUAGUGGAAGAGCCAACGGUGAUGGUAUGAAGAAGACUCGCAUACGUGAUCGAGCUGCUAGGGCAAUGCCUGCCCCAGAAGCUAAUGCUGAGCUUCAAGCAAACCUUGAUCUGAGGAGGCGUCUGAUCACACAUGCAAAUGCAAAGAGCAAGAGUGAGAAGUUCCCUCCUCCACACCAAGAUGGAGCACUCGGCUAUCCACUGGCUUCUGUGCAUCACAUAGAUCCCCACUUUGAUCCACCAGAUGUUCCAUUUAGUUCCACAUUCAUCUAUCCAAAGGACCCGGGGCUCUCCACUUGGUCUGGCCCUUUGGUGGACCCCUCGUUGGCUGGCCAUCCAAGGCGAAAGAAACAGAAUGUGGACCCAUGGAAACCACCUUCUGGUGCAAGGGAAAUUCGUAAGGGUAGUGUCCGGGUCAAAGGGAAGGAAAGCAUGCCUUAGAACUGUCUGCCCACAAGCCAGAGACUUGGUUUUGUGAGGUGCUUUUAUUGUGAGUGGCAUUUUGUGAUCAGCCCGGAAUGUCAGAAAGUGUAUGGUGAGGUAUAAUCUAUCUUCUUCUUCUUCUUCUUUUUUAAAUUCCAUUUUUUGGUUAAAUUUUUUUUUUUUUAAUUUUAUUUUGGAUGGUACGCCUUGUUAUAGGUUACAAAAGUAGCUUCUUUGAUUUGUAUAUUUUAUUUUAUUUUUCUUUACUAUUUUCUAGUGUUGAAAAUGGGACGCUGCUCAGGAUAGUAAGAUCUGAUAAAAUAUAUCAUGAUCUUGUAUGCAAUUCAAGUGUUCCUCCUUGACAUUGUUACUCUUGUGAAUUACAUUCAUGUCAGUAUCAUUUGUUAAUUCCACAGAUUAAUUAGUGAAAAGAUCGAUCUUGAUAGCUACAA